AUGGCAGACAAAAGCCCUUCUAAUGUGAAAAUUAAACAAGUUAAUUUUAUUCCUCAAAGAAACCCGGUUAUUGGCGAUCUUUUCCUUUUUGCAGUUAUUGUUUGUGGAUUGUCCUUUAGUCGAAUAAAUGAAGACGAUUUUCAAUCAAAUGGCGCUACUUUUGCAGCUCAAUCACUAAGCACUGCAUUCUUAUCUUAA